UAAUAUUUUUUUUCCAGCAAUCUGCGUUUAGGUUUUGCCUCAGCACCCCUGACCAACCAACAACCUUGCAUUUCCACAUCAGAGGCUACGAAGAGAUCUGUCUCUGCCUUGUCCUCCAAACCAGAUCUCUCUCCGACACAGUUUCACAGUCAGUGAUCGUCUGGGCCGGCGUCUUUUGUUAUCCAUCGAGAUCGGUUACUCUACUGCGAUGGCUAUGGAACAGAAGCCAAAGACUAAGAUUGUGUGCACACUCGGGCCAGCGUCCAGAUCCGUCCCAAUGGUUGAGAAGCUUCUUAGGGCGGGGAUGAGCGUGGCUCGCUUCAACUUUUCUCAUGGAUCUUAUGAGUAUCACCAGGAGACCCUCGAUAAUCUUCGUCAGGCUAUGCUUAACACUGGCAUGCUUUGUGCUGUCAUGCUCGACACCAAGGGGCCAGAGAUUCGAACCGGAUUCUUAAAGGAUGGGAAACCUAUCCAGUUAAAACAAGGCCAAGAAAUCACCAUUUCAACUGACUAUGACUUGAAAGGUGAUGAUAAAAUGAUUUGCAUGAGCUACAAAAAGUUAGCGGAAGAUGUCAAUCCAGGCAUGGUCAUACUCUGUGCCGAUGGUACCAUCUCCUUAAAGGUCCUUUCUUGUGACAAAGGAAAAGGCACGGUUCGUUGCCGUUGUGAGAACACGUCAAUGCUUGGUGAGAGGAAGAACGUUAAUCUCCCUGGCGUAGUGGUUGAUCUCCCAACUCUAACUGAAAAGGACAAGCAAGACAUUCUUGAAUGGGGAGUUCCAAAUCAAAUCGACAUGAUUGCUCUGUCUUUUGUCAGGAAAGGUUCUGACUUGGUUCAGGUUAGGAAGCUACUCGGGAAACAUGCCAAAACCAUUCUUCUCAUGUCAAAGGUUGAAAACCAAGAAGGUGUGGCCAAUUUUGAUGACAUCUUGAUAAACUCGGAUGCGUUUAUGAUCGCCAGAGGUGACCUUGGAAUGGAGAUCCCUAUCGAGAAGAUAUUCUUAGCUCAAAAGGUGAUGAUCUACAAGUGCAAUUUCAUGGGGAAGCCAGUGGUUACAGCGACUCAGAUGCUCGAGUCUAUGAUCAAAUCCCCACGACCAACAAGAGCAGAAGCCACUGAUGUUGCAAACGCUGUCCUCGAUGGCACGGACUGUGUCAUGCUCAGCGGUGAAACCGCUGCAGGAGCAUAUCCAGAGCUUGCUGUCCGUACAAUGGCCAAGAUAUGUGUGGAAGCAGAGAGCACGUUGGACUAUGGAGACAUCUACAAGAGAAUAAUGCUUCACGCUGAGGUGCCAAUGAGCCCGAUCGAGUCACUUGCUUCUUCUGCGGUCAGAACCGCUACUUCCGCUAGAGCCACUCUCAUAUUGGUGCUGACCAGAGGAGGCAGCACUGCGAGACUGGUGGCUAAGUACAGACCAGGGAUACCAAUUUUGUCUGUUGUAGUUCCGGAAAUCACGUCCGACUCUUUUGAUUGGUCGUGUAGCAACGAGGCACCUGCGAGACACAGCCUCAUCUUCCGCGGUUUGGUCCCGGUGCUGUACGCUGGAUCAGCUAGAGCCUCAAUUGACGAAUCAACAGAAGAGACUAUCGAGUUCGCCACAAAUUACGGGAAAAAGAAGCAACUGUGCAAGACCGGAGACUCCGUGGUGGCUCUCCUCCGUACAGGUAAUGCUAUUGUUAUCAAGAUCUUGACUGUCAAGUGAUCUCAUUUUGCGUUACGCGUUUUCCGGAGCUUCCUAGCGUUUUGGAUAUUAUUCAUCAAGUUUAAGUCUCUUUUGAUUUUUAUUUUUUUUGUGUGGCUGUGGCUGACAAGUUGAAACUUCACACACUACAUAAUGUUGUUGGACCUUUCUCUGCUUUGUACGAAUGCAAUUGCAUCACCAAAGACUAUAUUUUGAAAAUAUUCUACAAAAAUUUGUAACGUGAAUCAUUUGGCUCGUAAUUACUGAGCUUUGAGUUUCGCACUUGAAGA